AACAUUCUUAUCACAAAUGAGGAUGUUCUCAAGAUUGCCGAUUUCGGUUUGGCCCGCACAUUUCAAAUUCCCAUGCAUACUUAUACCCACGAAGUUGUUACAUUAUGGUAUCGGGCCCCGGAGAUAUUAUUGGGAGAGAAGCACUAUACCCCUGCUGUCGAUAUUUGGAGUGUUGGCUGUAUUUUUGCGGAAUUGGCUCGGGGUAAGGUUCUUUUUCGUGGAGACAGUGAAAUCGGACAACUUUUUGAAAUAUUUAAGGUUCUUGGAACACCAAUGGAUGCUGAGGGGUCAUGGCCGGGAGUAUCUUCUCUUCCUGACUAUCGCGAUGCCUUCCCUCGUUGGGCGGGAAAAUCACUUGUUCAAGUGAAUCCACAGCUUGACGGUGACGCAAUCGAUCUUCUUUCAAGAAUGCUCAAAUAUAGCCCUGCUGAACGGAUAUCGGCAAAGGAGGCACUGCAGCAUCCGUGGUUCAAUGACGUUAGAGUUUAG